AUGGAUAUCAAGAACCCGCGCCGGGUCCUGGCUGUCUCGCUCGCCGACUCGAAACAGCACCUGAGCAGAGUCAUCAAAGACCUGACGGGCAACCACCCGGAACCCGCAUCAACCACACUCGCCGGCACAACGCACGUCCUUUCCCUCAAGACGAGCUACUACAGUGCCGACGUUCCAAUCUGGUUGGACCUCAUCUCCUCGCCGGCGGAAUGGUCCGAAUCUUUCCUCUCGCCCGAGGCCAAGGAGGUCCUCUCCGUGCUCGGCGGUAUGGCUGUCGUCUUCGCCCUGCCCUCGACAUCAUCGUCCAGCACGGCUGCACCCGUUGCUGACAAAUCACCGGUGACGGCUACAGCGCCUGCAGCACCUCCGGCACCGCCAUCUGCAGACGAGACCCGCGCCCUCAUCACCGAGGUCGGCAGGGUGGUCCGUGAAGGGCUCGGCGGCUGGGGGUGGGACGGCGUCAGCCUGGGCAUCGGUGUCGGCGACGGCGACGCGGACGAGUGGGAAGAGCUCUGUGCCGAGUGGGGGCUCGAGUUUGUUCAAGUCCGAGGAGGGAAGAAGGACGAGGGAAAGAAUGAGUUUGGAGAGAAAAUGGGCAUCCCCCGAGUCCUAGAGGCCCUGGAGUCCAACGACUGGGAUGCUGCAGACGACCUCGACGGCGGGCUCUCCGACCUCGACUCCGACGAGGAGCCCCCAUCGGGCCUCCCCAGGAGCCGCAGGCCCCUAGCUGAGGCUGACGGCGACGGCGAUGAGGAUGAAAAUGAUCUGGACCCCGAGAGUUUGGACUUUGGCUUCGACAAGUCCGACUUUGAGGGUCUGAAGAAGGCGAUCUGGAACCUGGAUCAGGAGCAGCAGCCCGAAACGGACGAGGCAGACGAUGACGACUACAACGAAAAGAAGUGUGCCACGCGAGAGGCCUUGGCCAAAAACAAUACCGAAGAGGGCGCCGGGAAGAGCAGGGACGGAGACGACGAGGAUGAGGAGCUGGACGGCGACGAAGUGGAGAAGAUUGAGCGGAUGAUGCGGAAGCUGCAGGCCGUGAGGGACAUGAGUGCGGGGUUGCCGGAGGAGCAGAGGCGAAAGAUGGCCAAGAAGGCCGUUGGGGAGGUGAUGAAGGAGCUGUGA